GUUGAACACUCAGCGAGACAGAUAUAGCAGCAGCUGGGGAAACAGUGUCCCAAACCGGCACCGUAACACACUGAGUGUUACUCUCCUCUACUAUUGCUCAGUCAAGCACCUUCUGGAUAACAGCACUGCUCCGUGAGGUGCUGCAAGGCCACACACAGGCAAAAUGGAGAUUUCACUUGAAGAUGAUAAUAGCGUCUCAGCACCCAACCUAGCGUACAAGGGCGCUCACCAGGCCUUCAGGGAUCGCUGGAAAGAGACGGAUGAAACGAUGUGUCGCCACAGCAUGUCCUUCCACCUGAACCACUCACUGAGGAGUGAGUUCUUUGCCAGCUACCUGUACCUGCUGGAGAAGAUUCCUGUGGUGAAGCUGUUUCCAGUCACCUGUGAGUACAUCAAAGGGGAGAAACAGUUUUACUACAGAGCUCAGAAGUUCUACGAGGACGUCCCCGCCUCGGAGGAGGGCAUGCUGGGAGGUUUUGUGGAGAUAUGCAACGUUGAUCUGGAGAGUUCCCGGCAGUUUCUGAAGAGGUUUGUGGGUCCUGGUAUGGCUGGCACUCACUGUGCCCUGGACUGUGGCUCCGGGAUUGGCCGUGUGACCAAAGGAGUCCUCCUCCCUGUGUUUGAGAAAAUGGAGAUGGCGGACAUGAUGGAGCACUUCCUGCUCCACGCACACGAGGAGUACCUUGGAGAUGACGCCGACCGCAUCGAGACCUACUACUGCUACAGCCUGCAAGAUUUCACGCCUCCAAAAAGCAAGUACGACGUCAUCUGGAUGCAGUGGGUGGCAUGCCACCUAACAGACAAGGACCUGAUGAACUUCCUGUUUCGCUGUAAGAAGAGUCUGCGUCCAAACGGCGUCAUCAUAAUGAAGGACAAUAUGGCGCGGCAGGGCUGCAAGCUGGACUCCAUCGACAGCAGCAUCAGCCGCCACCUGGACAUCAUGAAGUACAUCAUCGCCAAGGCCGGCCUGGAGGUCCUGGCUGUAGAGAGGCAGGAAGGCUUCCCUGACGCCAUCAUGCCUGUCUGGAUGAUUGCGAUGAAAUAGUGACAUUAUUACUUUUAAAAGAUGUUGUUGUUCCAUUUGAAAAAAACUAAGAGGAAAAUCCAACCAAAAUCUGAAUUCACGUGUUAUUCCUCUCUUGUUUAAGUCUAGAUUUUUGAUCAUGUCUCUGAAAACUACCACAACACACCAAGAAAUCUUCAAGAUGUCACCAGUAGAUAAAUCAUGAAACGACCGUGUGGACGGCGUGAUGGCAACCAGGGAGAUUUUAUGGAGACUAUUAUUUUUCUGCUCAGCCCAGAAGUGAAAUAAAGCUUUUACGUGGACAUUAACCUUCUACAGAAGCAGUCUGUACGUCCACAAAAACUGUAAUUUAUUGUCAGCCGACCAUCUCCGGGGUUUGUAUCUUGACGACAUUAAAGAGCGACCCUCAGCUCUCUGGAGUGUAACUGUGGGAGAAGCUUGUUCCUGUCUGAGCCACGAGGAUCAUCGGAAUAACAUGUGGAUUCAGAUGGUUUCUCCUCCGAGUGAAGGAUUUGUAUCCGCUUUAGACUAAAUCUAACAUGUUACAGCACAAGUACAACGUACAGUCAUCAGCAAGAAUGUAUCAUGUUAGAUUUCUUUUAAAAACCAUGUUGUUUUAUAUACUAACAGGAUUAUCCUGUGAUCUGUAUCUGCAUAAUGACAUCUGAUCACAAGCCUUAACAAGCGUUUCUUCCUAUCUUGAUUCUGCCCACUUAGUGAUCGGAUCUCAAUCUGCAAGUUAAGCAGGAGCAGAUGAACCUGUCAACAACCAUGCAACACGCAUCCCAGUUUAAAGGUAAUAAGGCAGGAGACUCCCAAAAAAGAGCCGCAACCGGCAAAACAAGGUUCACAUGACAGACGGAGGCAGUUGGAAAGAUCUGUAGGCCACAUAUCAGUAGCCUUGAUUUAGCUAAUUUUACUGAAGCCAGUUUCAACGUGAAUAAAGAAGAGCAGCAUAUAAUCCUAAAAGGCAGCUAACUAGGAUGCUACAUCAGAAUGUAAAUAAUCACAAUAUUAAAGGGAAACUCUGAUGAGUAUCUAGGUGUUUGGGGAUUUCUACUGCAAAUGUGAAAAAAGUCAAAGAUCACUUUUUCAACUUUCAAUAGUGUCUUUUAUCUGAGCAAUGCUUAACUUCCAAUGUUGGCAUUGAAUAUGUUAUACUGUAAUAAUCAGGGCCAUUUGAGAUGCUUACUAGCAUUAGCAUUAGCAUUAGCGUUAGCUCAGAUACCCCCCUCGGUUAUGUGACCCUUGUCUUGCAGGUCAUUGCAAAACCGCUUUUCUAGGCUUUGGGAAAGUUUACAAAUAUAAAACCUCCAUGGAUUAAAAACUCUUAAUACAAUUUGUUGGGACUUGUUUGUUUUUAAGAUUAUGACCACAAAUUGCAUUUACAAUAAACUAAUCUCUAUAAACAGAUAUCUAUGAAUGCAGAAUUGGUAGGCAACAAGAUUUUGGAAUCAGAAUCAUUCUGGAUAUCCGCUGUCUACGCCGGAACCCAAGAAAUAUUGUAUGUUGCCCAAAGAGGCUUAUCGUCGUCAGACCAAUAAACAAAGGGUUCUGAGAUUAACAACAUACCACCUCCAGAUGGGGACUGUCCCAUGUGAUCGUAUUCCAAUUGCGAUGUGUGCAUUUACAUCCACAUUAGAUAUCCAGAUACAGAUCACAUGUUAACACCAGGUGGAGAUGAGGUCUUAAUGUCACCUUUCAGUGCAACAUGCAGUUCACUGUUACUUUACACUGCAGGAGAAAUAAUGUUCAUUCAUUGCUCUUAGUUCAGGGUAGUCAAGUGUAAAUAUUAAAAUGUGUUUGUAUGUAAGUUUGUGUUUUAUACUUUUUCCUGUAAUACUGCAGAUUAAUAGAUUUGUAAUUUUUAUAUUGAUUUGUGCUUAAAUCUAGCAACAGCGUCAACACUUUUUAGUGUAUGUUACUUUACGUUUGCUUCAAAUCAGCUGAAGACGUUUACCUGCGUUGUUUUUGAAAAGAAUAAAUAAUGCCGAGCUCUGAACGCA